GCAUGUGCGGAGGAUGGUGCGAUGUGGCAGAGGGCAGAGCAUUAGGGCCAGAGACAGCGAAUGAGCGGGCGGUCGGGCGGGAUAGGGCGUCGUCUCGUGCGACGGGGUCGCAGAUCUGAGUAGGAUUCAAGUUGUGUAAUUUUGGUUUAAUUUUCUCGGAGGGGUGACGGUGCUGGAGUGGCGCGGUAUUAGUUGUGUAGACGUUAGAAGUGAGGUGGAGGUGGAGGACCUGGAGAGAGAGUGUGUGAGGUUUGCUGUCGAUGCUGCUGGCUAUGGAGAGAAGGCCUGGUGUGAGAGGGCCUUCUUGCCCGCAGUGCAGUGAGAAGGCUGCGGAGGGAUGGUGACCGAUCAUCGAUAGAGGAAUCCUGAAUUUUUUUGUGUAAUGUUUGGUUUUCGUUUCUGGUUUCCCCAAAGCGAUUCUCGUUCUGUAAAAAUUAUAAUUCCAGGAGUGUGCUGUAAGGCAGUGGUGUUCGAGAGGUUGAUGCUCUUAAGGCGCUGCAUUUCUUUUAAUUUUUAAUUUUUAAAAAUUGUCUCUCUCGUCCCCUUGUAUGGAGGUGGAAGAGUUCUGCUUCGGAGUGAAACACGCGUCUACUCUAUCUCUGUUUGAAGUAAGGAUGCACCGUCACGAUUAGUAUUGAAAUUUUGGAGAGAGAGAGAGCGCGCGGAGGAGAGCCGGCGACCUGUCUGAAGGAAGUCUUGUUGCUAGAAAGGUUUCCUUGUGGGUGAGGUGUUGAGGUUGUACGCCGUGAGCUAGAUUGUUGUGGCGAAUCGACCCCUGAGCUGUAAGCUGAUUUAGGAGACAGAGAACCGUUGUGGAUCUGUUAGCUCGAGAUUAUCUUGGUGUAUUCUGAAAGGUCUAAUUAUAAGCUGGCUGUUCUCUUAUCGUUCAUCAGCAGCAGUGGAUCAGCGAAUCAGCAGAUAAUUUUAGGAUUUUUGACGAGUGAAGCGUUUGAUGCUCAAGCUGCACCUUUUUGGAUCAAAUACUCUGAAUUGUGGUAAAAGUUGUGAGGGACUUGCUCAAAAGUGGUGAUGCACAAGGCGGAUGGUCUCCCUCAAUCGCCUUUUUUCCUCCCAUUAUAUUGAGACGGCCCGAUGAUGCGGAGACUCAGCUGUCGAGGUCUCCCUGUCCUGCUCCUCCUCCUCCUCCUGACCUAUCUGAGUGCAGACCAUUGCCACCAGACAUGCACAUCUGGUCAUCCAUUGCACGUUGGCUCAUCUGAGUUAGCAUCGGAUGGAGGAGUGGAAAUUACCACUUCCUCGACCGGCUACAAGAACAUUUUGGAAUCUGUGGAAACGGAUGUAAGCUGUGCCAGCAAGUAUAAAAAUUGGAAGAAUCGGCCUCACAGCGUUUCCAUCAGCGAGUUUGGUGCGGUGGGGGAUGGAAAAACUUUGAACACGCAUGCAUUCGAAAAUGCCAUGUUUUAUCUCCGCACCUAUGCAGACAAAGGUGGCGUGCAGUUGUACAUUCCUGCCGGGCGAUGGCUCACUGGUAGCAUCAAAUUGAUUAGUCAUCUGACUCUAUUCUUGGAAAACGAAGCUACCAUCCUUGGAUCCCAGGACUUGAAUGACUACCCUGUUAUUCCUGGAUUGCCGUCUUACGGUCGUGGCCGUGAGCUUCCUGGGCCAAGGCACCGUAGUCUUAUCAAUGGCGAAGGGCUUGAGGAUGUCGUCAUUACAGGUGAUAACGGGACAAUCGAUGGACAGGGUGCUGUAUGGUGGAAUGCAUUCCAGAAUAAAACGCUGGACUACACUCGCGGUCAUUUGGUCGAGCUUAUUGACUCGAAGGAUAUCUUAAUCUCUAAUCUCACUUUUCGGGACUCACCGUUCUGGACGAUUCAUCCUGUCUAUUGCAGAAAUGUGGUGGUGAAAGACAUGACCUUGUUGGCCCCUCUCAAUUCUCCCAAUACAGAUGGCAUUGACCCAGAUUCAAGUCAAUAUGUGUGCAUUGAAGAUUGCUACAUCAGCGUUGGUGAUGAUGCCAUUGCGAUUAAAAGUGGUUGGGAUGAGUAUGGCACCGCAUAUGGCAUGCCUAGCCAACACAUCGACAUUCGACGCAUCGUUGUGCACUCGGAAACUAGUGCUGGUAUUGCUUUUGGCAGUGAAAUGUCUGGCGGCAUAUCCGACGUCAAGGUUGACCACAUGAUGAUUUUUGGUGCUCGAUGGGGCAUACGUUUCAAAACUGGACCUGGUCGUGGAGGCUACAUAAGAAACAUAACAGUGGAUAACGUGAACAUGCGCUCCGUCAAUACUGCAAUCGCUUUUACGGGAAACUAUGGAGAACACCCUGAUGAAAACUGGAAUCGCACUGACUACCCUGUGAUUGAGAAUGUGUUGAUUGAGAACAUAGUCGGGGAAGACAUCACUCAUGCAGGCCUGUUUCUUGGACUCCCGGAGUCUCCUUUCCUCAACAUUCACCUGGCCAACAUAGCUCUUGAUACCAAGUCAGAAUCAGAAGACUGGAACUGCUCAUCAGUUGCUGGAACCUACUUCUUUGUCUGGCCCCAGCCAUGCCCAGACUUCACUAAGGAGGAGUUGAAGACCUAGAGUGCUCAUGUCCAAUUUCUACAGAGUGCGGGCAUGGAGAGGCUCUCAAGGUGAUUAGGUUUUAGGUGUUGGUGGGUUCAAAUUAGCCGCAAUAAGUUCCGUGUGGAAUACUCAUCAAGUUAUUUCUUAGGUAUACACUGGUAGGACAAUCAGAAGUACGGUCUUACAGUUGCAUAUUCAUGUCACAAUGUGUAAUAUAUAGGGCUUAUGGGUUUGAUGGAACUCUUGGUAUUGAUGAGUUGUUGCUUUGCUGUAUUUAGUGAAGCUAUAGGCUGAGUUAAUUUUUUUGACGGAUAUCCUGUAAUAUAAUGAUUCCAGCACAGGUUCCAUCUGGACUUUGCCCAA